AUGGGAUCGCUCCAGAACAAGGCGGAGGUCCUGCACAUGGAGCAGGACAAAUGGUCGUCUGAAGGAGCCGCUGUCGACAUUGACGAGGCUAAACGAGGCGAGGUCGACGAGAGGGAAGGAACAGCAGGCCUCAAGCUCGACAAACAUGGGCUUCCUCUUGUACCACAGCCGACAGAUCGCAGGGAUGAUCCCCUUAACUGGUCGCCAUUGCUCAAGUUCUUCGUCCUUUUCCAAGUCAGUUUCCUCGCCUUCCUCGGGCCCAUGGCGGGCGCAAUCGUCAACCCGGCCUUCGUGCCACUGAGCAAGCAGUUCAACAUUACUGUCGUCCAGGCUUCGUAUGAACUUACGGUGUACAUUGUCGCCGCGGGCGUCGGGCCCUUACUCACCGUUCCACUAGCCAACGUGUAUGGCCGAAGACCCGUCUACAUUCUGGGCAACCUGUUGGCAGCCGUCACCAAUAUCGCCGCCGGCUACUGCAACACCUGGACUGGGAUAAUGGUGACUCGCGUGUUCAAUGGCAUCGGUGCGGGCUCUCCGGGUGCCAUAGGCGCAGCGACCGUGUGUGACAUGUACUAUUUGCACGAACGUGGGUUUUACAUGGGCAUCUUCACGUUUCUGCUCACCAACGGUCCUCAUGCUGCGUCGCUGUUUGGCGGCUUCAUUGCCCAGAAUCUGGGUUGGAGAUGGUGCUUUUUGAUUCCAGGUUAUGUCCAGCUCGGCACGUUCGUCGUGACGCUCUUUUGCCUGCCCGAAACCAUCUACUCUCGCCAGUCGACCGCCACCAGCGGGCGUGAACGAUCUUUCACGGAUCUCCUGCUCUUCAGACAUUCUGGCUUGCAGAACCGCAAACUUCGGGUUGGAGACUUCCUCCGGCCGUUUUACAUGCUGAGGUACCUCUCGAUUGUGAUUCCGGGCUUUUACUACAUGACCGCGUUUGGGUUUGGCUCGGUGCUGUUCGCUGCGACGGGGUCGAGCCUGUUCCGCACAGUUUACCACUUCAACGUUGCCCAGACCGGCAUGUUACUUAGCAUUCCGCUCCUCAUCGGUUGUUUGCUGGGCGAAAUGAGCGCUGGGUGGCUCACCGACUACAUGGUCUACCGAUACGCCAAACGUCACGGAGGAAGACGGGAGCCAGAACCACGUAUCAAUGCGGUGGCUCUGGCUGUCUUGUGCCCGAUCGGCAUCAUCAUCGAUGGCAUCUGUCUGACGCACUACAAGACCGUGCCUUGGGUGGGCGCAGCAUUCGGCAUGGGCAUUGCGAACUUUGGCCUCCAGAUCGCGACUACAGUCACCUACAGCUACUGCACAGAUUGCUACAAGCCGCAGAGUUCCGAGAUCUCCAGCAUCCUCAACGUGUUCCGCAACGUCUUCUCCAUGACCAUCUCCUUCUACGCGAUUCCACUAGGCGAGCAGAUCGAGUAUCAGUACGCAUGGCUGACUUUUGCCAUGAUCCACAUCGUCUUCCUCGUUCCGAUGGUUCUGCUCCGGUUCAAGGGCACGCGGUGGAGGAACAGCGCUUGGCAGAAGCCUCCCACGUUCCACAACGACAUCUAG